CAACUCUCUCAAUUUGCAAACAGCCGUGUUAAGCAAACCGACAAUUAGUAACUUAUGUAGUUCCACAACAACAACCGGCAUGCCAAACAAAUCUUCCAAAGCAGACAGGAAGACACCCAGAAGCAAAUAGAUAUAGUAUUUGCACCAACUAUUAUGUCUGCAGCCAACAUGCCGACAACAGGAGCUCAGGGAUCGGGAAACCAAAUUUCCACAACUAGCACUACGAUUGUAAACCACUUCCGGGAGUUGAUCAAGGAACCGAAGAACCUCGACGAGGCUGCCAACUAUCUGUUCCAGACGCUGCUCGACGACGCCGUAGUCGGAAUCUUCAACGAGACACAUCACCUGCGAAAGUCCGGGAAUCUAGCUGCCCUGGACGGAGUGCCGGAGGACUCGACCUAUCGGAUGUGCGAGAUGCCCAACCUGGACAUAUUUGGCAUCUCAACAGCCAAAAAACCAAUGGACUGCACCUGCCCCAACUGUGAUCGCCUGGUGGCCGCCGCCCGCUUCGCCCCGCACCUGGAAAAGUGCAUGGGCAUGGGCCGUAUCUCGUCGCGAAUCGCCUCUCGCCGCUUGGCCACCAAAGAGGGUGCCACAUCCGCCCACCUGCACUCCUCGGGCAAUACCGGAGGCACUGAUGAUGAGGACGACGUGGACUGGUCGUCCGACAAGCGCCGAAAAAAAUCAAACCAGAACUCAAGGAACAAUGGCUCCAAGAAGAACAAUGGCAAAACCUUUUAGUCAGUGCUAACAAUUAUUUUCGUAGUUUAUUCUGCCAUAAAAGAACACCUUUAAAUCA